GUCCUCUUUGCCCCCAAUAUCUUCAUUCUACAGUAUCUGGAAAAGACCCAUCAGCUUACCGCUGAGAUUAAGAGCAAAGCCAUCAAAUUUCUUGAAAGUGGAUAUCAGCGACAGCUAACAUACAAGCGUGAUGAUGGUUCAUACAGUGCCUUUGGAAAGGGUGACCCUGAGGGUAACACAUGGUUAUCUGCAUUCGUAGUGAAGUCCUUUAGCAAAGGGCGGCCUUACAUAUUUAUAGAUGAAAGUCACUUAAAGCAAUCGUUUACUUGGCUACAGAAUAUUCGUAAAGAGACUGGCUGCUUCCGCAAUGUAGGGAGACUGCUAAAUACUGCUAUGCAGGGAGGAGUGAAAGAUGAUGUCUCCCUUUCUGCUUAUGUGACAAUGGCUCUAAUAGAGGCUGGUACAUCUCUUGAGGAUCCUCUGGUUAGAGACGCAGUGUCCUGUCUGCGGAAGGCUGCUGUGGAUGUGAACAGUGUAUACACUUUGGCUCUGCUGGCCUACACCUUUACAUUUGUGCAGAGAGACAGAGCUCAGGGCAGCUGUAUUGGACAAACUGGAAGAAAAAGCUGUACGAGGAGAUGGACAGCUCCACUGGGAACGGGAUUCUGCUCCUCCCAUUCAAGAUUCAUACUGGUACAGAGCUCCAUCUGCUGAGGUAGAGAUGACCUCCUAUGUGCUCCUGGCUCUACUCUCUGGACCUAAACCUGACCUGGCCAAAGCUACACAGAUUGUGAACUGGCUAAGCAAACAGCAG